UGCAGCUAUAAGAGUCCAGCUGGGCAGGUGGUCAGGAUCCGUCCUGACUCAGAAACACGGUCAACUUGUUCAAACGCAGAUGGUUAUUUGCAGCCAUAUUGAGAUGUAGGAACGUGUCGUCGGAUUAAUGAAGCAGAGGAUCUGGAGCUGGACCUCUGAUUCCUUAUGAUGACUUCUGCCAUGAUGCGGCCUGUGGCGACGCACCUCAUCUAUUCAGACUUCGCUCUCAUGUCCGAGGAUGAGGAAAACCGCAGCGAGAGCGACGGAAGCUCGGAGCAAAGUUACGGAGACUCCAGCGAGAAGCGCAGAAGGAUUUCGCGUAAACUGGAAGGAGACUCCACGGUGGUGGUGAAGCAGAGGAGCGCCGCCAACGCCAGGGAGCGAGGCCGGACCCAGAGCGUCAACACCGCGUUCACGGCCCUUCGGACUCUCAUACCCACCGAGCCAGUGGACAGGAAACUGUCCAAGAUAGAAACUCUUCGCCUGGCGUCGAGCUACAUCUCCCAUCUGGCCAACGUGCUUCUGAACGGAGACGGGGGCGCGGAUGGACAGCCGUGCCUCGGCGCGGUCCAUGCGCACGGGGGCAGCGCGGCGAAGCAGCCGCGGAGCAUCUGCACCUUCUGCCUGAGCAACCAGAGGAAAGAGAUUAAAGAUGGAAAAGACUGUUUAAAAAUGCGAGGACUGGGUCCACUGCGGAUGAGACGCUGACUGAAGACAAGUGAAACAUCAGCAACCUGAAAAUAAUCAUAGAGUUUCUCAGGGAAGAGUCAAAGCUGGAGUUACAACACACACACACACACACACACCGACACACACACACACACACACACUGUACCCAUGCUGGAUCAAAGGAUAGAAGAGGAAAAACUAUUUAUACUUGACUGAGAAAUCUAAGCAUAAGCCUUUCAAGGAUGCAGUGCAUUUGUUUGAAACUUAUGAGUUUUUGUCCUUUUGGUUUUAAAUUUUUUUUUAAAUAAAAUAUAUUUUAUCAAA